AUGGAGUAUCCAGUGUUGCCUCCAGUGGGUCUUCCUCCUCUGCGUAACCCUGAUAUUUUGGAGGGAGAGAAUGACCUCACGGCUCUAACCUUCCUCCACGAGCCAGCGGUACUUCACAACUUGCGUGUGCGCUUUCUCGACUACAGUAGCAUUUACACUUACUGCCAGAUUGUGUUGGUGGUGUUAAAUCCAUAUGAACAGUUGCCCAUUUAUGGAGAGGAAGUGAUCGACGCUUACAGCGGCCAGGACAUGGCUGAUAUGGAGCCACACAUUUUUUCUGUGGCUGAAGAGGCAUACCGAACUAUGAUCAGAGAGGAGAAAAACCAAUCCAUCAUAAUCAGUGGAGAAUCAGGCUCAAGUAAAACUGUAUCUGCUAAGUUCACCAUGCAUUACUUUGCUGUCAUGGGUGGUGCGGCUCAGCAGACCAGUGUGGAGGAGAAAGUGCUGCCAUCAAAUCCCAUCAUACAGGCAAUUGGUAAUGCAAAAACAACCAGAAACAACAACAGCAGUCGUUUUGGAAAGUAUAUUGAGAUAGGAUUUGGACGUAGAGGAGAUAUAAUUGGGGCAAACAUGAGGACCUACUUGUUGGAGAAAUCAAGAGUUGUUUUUCAGGCAGCUCAAGAGAGAAACUACCACAUCUUCUACCAGCUUUGUGAUUCCAGGGAUUUGCCAGAGCUGAGGACACUCAAACUUGAUUCUACAGAGAACUUUCGUUACACCAACCAAGGACAAGAUGUGCACUUUUCUGGCACAGAUGAUGUGGUUGAGCUAGAGUGGACAAGAAAUGCCGUUACUGUUCUCGUAGUGCAACCUGACCAGCAGAUGGAGAUAUUUCGUAUACUGGCAGCUAUUCUUUAUCUGGGGAAUAUCAACAUACAAGGCAGUGGCCGAGGUGGGGACCGCAGCUACUGGCAAGCCAACGACCGUUCCUUGGCCAUCUUUGCCAAGCUUUUAGGGGUGGAAGGUGCUCAGAUGGCCCAAUGGCUAUGCCACAGGCGAUUGGCAGUGGGAGGGGAUAUGCUUGUGAAGCCCAUGUCAGGUCAGCAGGCUAAUGAAGCAAGGGAUGCUCUGGCUAAGCAUGUGUAUGAGCAACUGUUCACUUGGACAGUGCAGAGGCUCAACUCAUCCUUAAGAGCGCACCGGGAACAGCCCAAAUCUUUCAUAGGAGUUCUUGAUAUCUAUGGGUUUGAGACUUUUGACAGGAAUAGUUUUGAGCAAUUCUGUAUUAACUACGCAAACGAGAAACUCCAACAGCAGUUCAACAGGCACGUGUUUCAGCUGGAGCAGGAGGAGUAUCUGCGAGAGGAACUUCCCUGGAACCAUAUUGAGUUCAGUGAUAACCAGCCAUGCAUUGCGCUCAUCGAAGGCCAGCUGGGCCUACUUGAUCUUCUGGAUGAAGAAUGCAGAAUGUCUAAAGGCUCAGAUGAGAACUGGGCUCGGAAGCUCUACGACCAGCACCUGAACCACAGCCCUCACUUUCGUAAACCACGCAUGUCCAACUCUGCCUUCAUCAUUGUGCAUUUUGCUGAUAUGGUCCAGUAUGAGUGUGGCGGCUUUUUAAACAAAAACCGAGACACUGUAUUUGAAGAGCCCAUCAAUAUACUGAGAGCUAGUCAGUCAAAACUAGUUGCCGAGUUGUUUCAGAAGGAGUCAGCAGGUGGAUCCCUCCCCAACUCCUCUCUUGCAAACGGGAGCAUAUGUUCAGGGAAGAGAGCUCACCGAGAGCACAGAUUAGCUGUGGGCUUUCAGUUUCGUCAAUCCCUGCAACUUUUGAUGGACACCUUGAACAGCACCACACCGCAUUAUGUCCGCUGCAUAAAGUCCAAUGACCUCAAAAAGCCAUUUCUAUUUGAUCCCAAGCGAGCAGUGCAGCAAUUGCGAGCAUGUGGAGUCUUGGAGACCAUCCGAAUCAGUGCCGCAGGCUACCCCUCCAGGUGGACAUACGAGAAAUUCUACACUCGUUAUCGGGUGCUGCUACGUGGUUCUGUUUCUAAAGAUGAUAUGCGCCAUUCCUGCCAGAGUGCCCUUCCUGAUCUCAUCUCUGAUCCAGAGCAGUACUACUUUGGCAAGGACAAGUUCUUCUUCCGGGCCGGACAGGUUGUAGUACUGGAGAAGCUGAGAGGGGACCGGCUACAUGCGGCAGGAGUUUUGAUCCAAAGCUGGGUGAGAGGAUGGCUGCAGCAUAGGCAUUAUCAGCGGCUCCGGUGGACCACCUUCAUCCUGCAGCGGUACAUCAGAGGAACCAUGGGCCGAAGGUGGGUUAGAGUCCUCCAUUACACACGUGCAGCUUUAAUCAUCCAGAAAACAUACCGCAUGCUGGCGGUGCGACAGCUUUAUCUUACCAUCAGAGAGGCCACCAUCAAAAUCCAGGCUUUCAUCAGAGGCACUCAGGCUCGUCGGAUUUAUAGACAGAUGCUCACAGAGCAGGCGGUGGUGUUCUUGCAGGCGCGGGUGAGAGGCUGGCUGGCCCGGUGCAGUUUCAGACGCAUCAGAGCUGCAGUGGGGCUCCUGCAGUGCUGCGUGCUGUGGCUCGAUCGGAAAUCCAAGCUCUCCGAGUUGAGAGAUUCUUUGGAGAAAGAGAGGGAUGAUCUGGCCAUUGGUUUACAGGAUCAGGAAAAAGCUCUGGAGGAGAACUGUCAACAGACUGUGGAUCAGGCAUCAGUGCAAGCAGAGCUGGAAGAGGAGAGGAGGAGAUACCAGAGUUUACUGAGAGAAUUCACAAGACUAGAGCAAAGAUACGACAACCUGAGGGAUAUGAGCUUAUUUACAGCCAAUGAGCGUUCACGUGGACACAGACGAACAGAUUUGACUGCAUCUUUGGAGCCUCCUUCACCCGUCACCACACCGUUCUCCAGCUUGCCCGUCUUCCCUUCACCUGAGGAGGUCAGGAGGAUCAGCGUGACGUCACCCACCGACAGGAGACCCUGGAGAGAUGAGCAACCUCUGGUUCCUAGAGAGGCAGCUGUUGUUUCAGAGAGCGCAGUGGGAGCAGGAGAUAUCAGAUCUCAGGAUGAAACUCAAGACAGAGAUACACCUGGAGAUCCUGAGAUGAAUAAACACGGCAAUGAUCUGGACGUGACGGCUGUGUGGCUGAAGAACGCUUACCUGCUCAAAGACCUGCUCUACCAGCACUCUCCUCGACUGAAUGACGUGAGGGGCUCAGAGGAGCUGGUUCCUCUGGUGACGGACGUGCAGGACUCUGUCCGGGCACUCAGUGAUCUGUGUAUUCAGGCCAAUCAGCAGCUGCUGUCCAUCUCCGAGAGUCGCCUGCAACCCAUCAUCGGUACAAAACACGGCAAUGAUCUGGACGUGAUGGCUGUGUGGCUGAAGAACGCUUACCUGCUCAAAGACCUGCUCUACCAGCACUCUCCUCGACUGAAUGACGUGAGGGGCUCAGAGGAGCUGGUUCCUCUGGUGACGGACGUGCAGGACUCUGUCCGGGCACUCAGUGAUCUGUGUAUUCAGGCCAAUCAGCAGCUGCUGUCCAUCUCCGAGAGUCGCCUGCAACCCAUCAUCGGUACAUACAGAGGGAGCGACUAUGUCAGCGGUCCUGAGGGAACUGUCAGCGCUGCACACAGCCCUGUCCCGUCAGGAUCUGCCCUCGGCCCUGCAGGAGCAAGCCUUCCAUCAGCUCAUGUAGGCUACCUGCUGGCCGCCUCCACCCUCAACAGCCUGCUGCUGCGCAAAGACAUGUGCUGCUGGAACCGCGGCCUGCAGAUCAGGUAUAAUGUGAGUUUACUGGAGGAGUGGCUGCGCAGUCGUUGGCUGCAGACAGGGGGCGCUGUGACCGCGCUGGAGCCACUCAUACAAGCAGCACAGCUUCUUCAAAUGAGCAAGAAGACUGAAGCUGAUGGACAAGCCAUGGUCCAAGCCUGCAAUGAACUGUCCAACCAGCAGGUGGUGAAGAUUUUAAGCCUCUAUACACUGCAGAGUGACCUUGAGGAGAGAGUAACGCUCAAUUUCAUCCCUUUAGUGCUGCAGGUACGAGCAAAGCAUUAGAUUCUAAAACAAUAUUAUAGCAGGCUUUAGUCCAGCAGUGACAGCGGCUUUCCCAGGGGCUGCUGAAGGGGUGUUCUGAGGGGCAACCUCCGCAGCUUCUG